AUGGAGGGGGGUGAAAGUCGAAGGUGUGAGUCGUGCGCCCUUUUGCAGGAGGGAUGGCGGUUAAGAGUCAAAGGUGAAAGUCAAGCGCCUCUUUGCAGGGUGAAGGGAGGUGAGAGUCGGAGCAAAAUAGACAGCGAACUCCCUCUCAAGAGUGUCCCUGAUAAGAAACCUAAAUCCGAAUGGCCGCAAGAAGGCCAGAUUGAAUUCAAGAACACGUUCCUGCGUUAUGCGCCAUUGGAAUCUCCAGUGUUUAAAAAUCUCAGUUUCGUUAUCUUUCUACGGAAAAAAUCGGCAUUGUUGGCAGAACCGGCGCCGAUUGGUUUACAUGAUUUGCGUUCUAAAAUCAACAUCAUCUCACGGGAACCGUUUCUGUUCUCCGGUAGCCUGAGACAGAAUCUCGAUCCGUUCGACUCGUUUACGGACGAAUCACUAUGGCGAGCUCUUGAGGAGGUCGAGUUGAAGGAGAUGGGCUUGGAAGUCCACAUCAGUGAGGGCGGUUCCAAUCUCAGCGUCGGCCAACGGCAAUUGGUCGGCAUGGCGCGAGCUAUUGUGAGGAACAAUCCAAUACUCGUGUUGGACGAGGAGACCGCGAAUGUGGACCCGCAAACAGACGAACUCAUCCAGACAACCAUCAGGAAAAAAUUCGAGAAGUGUACAGUGCUAACAAUUGCUCAUCGACUCAACACCGUUGUGGACAGAGAUCGUAUCUUGGUGAUGGACGCCGGAAAUGUGGUG